UAGGGGUUUCGAGAGAGAGGAGCACGGGCAGGUUCCGAGCCCUCCGGACCGCCUGCGGGGAACCGAACCUGCGCGCGGGGCCGCGCCGUGGGACUGCGAGGCCUCGGAGAGGAAGGUGCAAUGGCGAGGAGUUUAUCUGUCAUCUUCAUCCUGAUCUUCACUCUGUCGGUCACAAAUCCCCUUCAUGAAGUAGAACCAGCAACUCAGACCACUGACAAAAUUAUUCCAAACUGGGAAUCUGGCAUUAAUGUUGAUUUAGCAGUUACCACACAGCGACAUCAUCUACAGCAACUUUUCAAUCGCUAUGGAGAAAAUAAUUCCUUGUCAGUUGAAGGGUUCAGAAAGUUGCUUCAGAAUAUAGGCAUAGAUAAGAUUAAAAGAGUUCAUAUACACCAUGACCAUGAGCAUCACUCUGACCAUGAUCAUCACUCUCACCAUAAUCAUGCUGCUUCCGGUAAAAAUAAUCGGAAAGCUCUUUGCCCAGACCAUGACUCUGAUAGUUCCAGUAAAGACCCUAGAAACAACCAGGGGAGAGGAUCUCACCAAUCAGAACAUGCCAGUAGUAGAAGGAAUGUUUUAGUCAAAGAUGGUGUUGGUGCUAGCGAAGUGACCUCAACUGUAUAUAAUGCUGUCUCUGAAGGAACUCACUUUCUAGAGACAAUAGAAACUCCAAAACCUGGAAAACUUCUUCCCAAAGAUGUGAGCAGUUCCACUCCACCCAGUAUCACAGAAAAGAGUCGAGUGAGCCAGCCGACUAGGAGGAAAACAAAUGAAUCUGUGAGUGAGCCCAGAAGGGAGUUUAUGUAUUCCAGAAACACAAAUGAAAAUUCUCAGGAGUGUUUCAAUGCAUCAAAGCUGCUUACAUCUCAUGGCAUGGGCAUCCAGGUUCCACUGAAUGCAACAGAAUUCAACUAUCUCUGCCCAGCCAUCAUCAAUCAAAUUGAUGCUAGAUCGUGUCUGAUUCAUACAACGAGUGAAAAGAAAGCUGAAAUCCCUCCAAAGACCUAUUCUUUACAAAUAGCCUGGGUUGGUGGCUUUAUAGCCAUUUCCAUCAUCAGUUUCCUGUCUUUGCUGGGUGUUAUCUUAGUGCCUCUCAUGAAUCGGGUGUUUUUUAAGUUUCUCCUGAGUUUCCUUGUGGCAUUGGCUGUUGGAACAUUGAGUGGUGAUGCAUUUUUACACCUUCUUCCACAUUCUCAUGCAAGUCACCACCAUGGUCACAGCCAUGAAGAAACAGCAAUAGAAAUGAAGAGAGGACCACUGUUCAGUUAUCUGUCUUCUCAAAACAUAGAAGAAAGUACCUAUUUUGAUUCCACAUGGAAGGGUCUAACAGCUCUGGGAGGCUUGUAUUUCAUGUUUCUUGUUGAACAUGUACUCACAUUGAUCAAGCAAUUUAAAGAUAAGAAGAAAAAGAAUCAGAAAAAACCUGAAAAUGAUGAUGACAUGGAGAUUAAGAAGCGGUUGUCCAAGUAUGAAUCUCAACUUUCAACAAAUGAGGAUAAAAUAGACACAGAUGAUCGACCUGAAAGCUGUUUACGAGCAGACUUGCAAGAGCCCUCCCACUUCGAUUCUCAGCAGCCAGCAAUCUUGGAAGAAGAAGAGGUCAUGAUAGCUCAUGCUCAUCCACAAGAAGUCUAUAAUGAAUAUGUACCCAGAGGGUGCAAGAAUAAAUGCCAUUCUCAUUUCCAUGACACACUGGGCCAAUCAGAUGAUCUCAUUCAUCACCAUCAUGACUACCAUCAUAUUCUUCAUCACCACCACCACCAAAACCACCACCCCCACAGUCACAGUCAGCGCUACUCUCGAGAGGAGCUGAAAGAUGCUGGCAUCGCCACAUUGGCGUGGAUGGUGAUAAUGGGUGAUGGCCUGCACAAUUUCAGCGACGGUCUAGCAAUUGGUGCUGCUUUCACUGAGGGUUUAUCGAGCGGUUUAAGUACUUCUGUUGCUGUGUUUUGUCACGAGUUGCCUCAUGAAUUAGGUGACUUUGCUGUUUUACUAAAGGCUGGCAUGACUGUUAAGCAGGCUGUUCUUUAUAAUGCUUUGUCAGCCAUGCUGGCAUAUCUUGGAAUGGCAACAGGAAUUUUCAUUGGUCAUUAUGCUGAAAAUGUUUCUAUGUGGAUAUUUGCACUUACUGCUGGUUUAUUCAUGUAUGUUGCUCUGGUUGAUAUGGUACCUGAGAUGCUGCACAAUGAUGCCAGUGACCAUGGAUGUAGCCGCUGGGGAUAUUUCCUUUUACAGAAUGCUGGGAUGCUUUUGGGAUUUGGAAUUAUGUUGCUUAUUUCCAUAUUUGAACAUAAAAUUGUGUUUCGUAUAAAUUUCUAAUUAGGGUAUCUAAAUAGAAGAGUAUCUUUAAAAAAUUGCUGUCUGUAGUUUGAAUAGGUCAUAAGGAGAUGAGAGUAUACGCUGUGAUGUGCAGCAUUUAAGAGUAGUGGAUUUUGUGAUUUUUGUGUUGAAUAUUGCCAUUUGUAAUGCUUAUAAGGUCAGUUAUGGUGGUAACCUAAAGGUACAUUUUAAUAUUUAAGUUAUUCUAUUUUGGGAAUAUAAACUAGAUGUGCAAUUUACCAGUUUUACCAGUUUAUUGUAUAAACAAGAGAUUUGGCAUGACAUGUUCUGUAUAUUUCAAGAAAAAUGUCUUUAAUGUUUCUCCAGAACUAAUUUAAUGCAGUAAUUCCCAUGCUGGAUUUCAGGCCCCCGAAGAACUGCUGGUGUUUAGGAGUAAAAAUACACACGAAGCCUAAGCCACCAAUGAAGUUGUACAGAAUUUAAGCUAAGAAAUAAGAAGAAAAAAAUAUGUAAAAAUUAAGAAGGCAUACAUUUCUUACCAAAAAAAAUCACAAAAGUGGUUAUAAAAUAGAAGAAAAUAUUUAGAUUUAAAUUAAAAAGCAAUGUUAGUCAAGUAUAGAGUACAUUCAUACACAUUUUUUUUCAGAGUAUUAAUGUUCUCAUACAACCACAGUGAGCACUUUUUACUAAUUUCGUUGUACAUUUAACUUUGUAUAAUGGAAACAUCUAAAUAUAAUUAAUGAAUUCAAGCACUAUAUUGCUUGACCAAGAAAUUUGAAUUUAAAAAUAUUUGUGUGGAGAUAUACCAGAUAAAUAUGAGUAAGGUUAUGUAUUACCAGCAGACUUAGAUAUCACCAAGUUAUGUAUUGCCCAAACUUAUGAUUGGAUGGUUUUCUGGUUUAUCAAAUGUCAACGUAUUAGAACUUUGAGAUAAGGACAUUAAAACCAUACUGAGUAUAGUUCAACUUCUGGAUUCAGGAAGUACUUUGAUAUCUUUCAGUGCUUCAGUGUUGUCAUUAUAAGCAAUUAUCAUGUUUAUAUAUAGUAUCUUAGACAUACUAGGGCUGUCUGUGACAUUCUCUAUAUGUUGCUUUUCUACAAAAUA